GCAUAUAUUUUAAGAACCUAUGGUUAGAUGAAUGAAAGUUCACAUAUAUUUUGUCACCUUUAAUAUACUUCCUUUUUUUUAUUUUAAUAGAGAUGAGUCUUACUAUGUUGCCCUGGCUGGUCUCAAACUCCUGGGCUCAAGUGAUCCUCGUGCCUCAGCCCGCAAAUACCUUUUGUGCCCAGACCUUACUACCUACAUUAAAACACAAAAUUUUAGUUAUUUCUAAAAUUUUUUGUAUUGUUUCAUUUUGUUGAAUAUCAAUAUUUCCAAUAGCUAUUUUAAUAGCAUACCUUUCUUCCCUUACUGAUUGGAAAUUAUUAUUUUAUUUUAGAUGAUACUAUUGUGUUUCAUGCAUGGGUGUUAUUGAGGGUAUUGAGCUAUUUAACUUAUCCUUCAGUAGGUGAAUUCCUCUUUUACAGACAGGGUAAAAAAAUGAAUAAUUUGGAAUAAUUUCACCUAUUUAGUUAAGUAUUCUUUCAAUUAUAUAUUUCCGAAUGAGGAUUCAUUUAUCCUUGUCUUUAGAGAAGACAGGUUCUAAUUCUGUUGUAGCUGAACUCUGAGUACUCAUAUAUGUACAUGCACACGUACUCAUACGUGUGUGCCUGUGUGUGUGUCUGCAUUUGUGUGUGUGUAUGUGUGAUUUUCAAAUACUUGCCUGUUUCCCACUUUUCAUCACUGUGGCAUCUCACAUUCUACAUUUUGGAUUUUCUUCUAACUGGAUUACAUCAUUUAAAAUCGCUUUCACUGAGCAUAAAAACAGUAAUAUCUACUAACUCGCAGCUCAGAAAAUGCCUUCUUCUUACUCAUGCUCUAUCAAAGUAGAUGAAAACAUUUCUAUAUUAAUUAAAGGAUAAGAUAGAACAACUGAAGAAAAAGCACAUGUGUUGAUUGAGGGAUCCACCCUCCAAUCCCUCCUCAGCCCUCACGCAGGGGAAGCCUGACCUGAUCAGCUUCACAGGUCCGUCUUACCCUGAGCUGCUUCUGCUUAGGAAUUGGUCUCCUGCUAACCCUUUUACCUUUCAGAUAUUAACUCGGGUGAGCAGCGAAUUCCUCACUUUCAAUUCAUUCCUUGAAGAUACUUCUUCAACAUCUCCUGGCCUUUCUUUUUUCUGUCGGGAGUCCCAUCCCAAUGAGAAGCAAUUCUUUUGAUAUGUUGAGUUGAAAAUCACAAAACACAAAAAUGCAUUUUAAAUUAGAAAAUUCCGUCUAGCAUAUGUAUUUGUUAAUUUACUCCUAUUUUUCAGUUUAUCGUAGUAGGUCAAGAUUUGCAUUUCAUUCUUAAAUGUAUGCGCCCUAGUGUCUUAGUUUUUCUUCAUCUCUUUCAAAUGUUUAACUCUAUUUCUAGAGCUGUUGCCAGACCUCAUUCUCCCUUCUUUCCUUCUGACAUGUACAAUAAAUGUGACGUUAUUCCUCCUCACAAUAUUUUCCGAAGUACUGUGAAUUUCCACUAUGGGUCUCUCCACGGUACAUUCUGGAUAUUUCUCUCAAAUUUUGUUUUUCAAUUUAUAAAUGUCUCUUCAGCUGUAUCUUGACCUUGAUGAAAUAAAUAUUUUCAUUGUAUUUCUUCUAUUGGAAUUUUUACCUCUAGGAUUUCUAACUCAUUGGUCUGAUGCCCAUUCUUCGAAAUUGUAAUCCAUAUUCUUGCCUCAAAGAUUCAAUUUCCUCUUGUAUUUUUUUCAGAUAUCUAAACAUGUUUAAUUGAAAAGGGGUCUCAUGCAUUCCUUAUGUUCUAUUUCUCUGGAUAUGAUCAUCCUUAUCAAUGAGUGUGUAUAUUGAUAAUCAUAGCUCUUUAGAAGGCUAACUCUUGGUUGUCUAUCUUUGUUAGACACUCACUUGCUACACCAAUUAGUGACCAUAAAAGACUGUUCUAGUAAUUCCAGCCUAAAAAUAGGGAGUUGUUCCCGCUGCACUCAGCUUCCAAAUACGGUGUCUGCUCAAGUUGCUCCCAGAAGAAAUAAAUCCACGUGAAACUCACAUUCACACGUGGUAUAGAUGCCCACAUAUAACAGCACUGCAGUGAAUUUGUUUCACACACACAUGGGGAGUUGGCUCAGUGGUGAUUAUGGGCUGAGAUCAGUAAGCAGAGAUGUCCCAUCACAGGCUUCAGCCUUGCUGAGAUACCCGAGCCCUCCCUGCCUGUGAGGUUCCUGGGCUCCUUAUCUGUUCUACACAAAAAUGCUUUGAAGCUUCCACCCUAAUAACCCCUAAUGACACCAGAUUCAAAUGCUCUGUUUUUAAAUACUUUUUCUGAAGAGCUUUCAUUUCCACUUUCUGCACAUGACCCUGACAACUGGGGUUUUGAUGAAAUAUGGUAGGAAACAUCUCUCAAGGAUAGGAACAAAGAGGCACUCCUAAGUGGAAGAAACAUCAGUCACAAGCCUUGAGCAUGGACACCAGCAUCCCUUUAUGUCCCCACCCCUCAUGUCUCUACCUGCUCUGGAAAUCACCCAUGGCUGAGCCCCGUGCAGCUCGCAGGCACCAAUGACCCAGCUCCCCUGUGAUGAAUGGAGUUCAUGACAGACUUCAAAUGAGGAAACUGAGGCUCAGAAAUGGGAGGUUAUGGCCAAAGUCACACCGGCAGGAGGUGAUACGUGAAUAUUUAAAUGAAGAGACUUCCCUUCAAAUCAGAGUGCUAAACCCAUGUAUUGUCCCAAAACCUGAACACAGGAGCAAAACAUGAGAAUAGGAGUGUUUGAAAGAAAACGGGGUCACCAAGAAGGCAGCAUCAGGUCAAUGUUGUUUCCAGGGCCAUGGGCGUGGAUGCUGUGGCGACGACGAAGGAGAAGUUCGUGAAGGGAACUUUUUUGCAUAAAGAAAACCCACACUCCAGUUCUGGGAAAAGAGUCAUGAUUCUUCCCUUAUUUCCCUAUAUUUCCUCUUUUGCUCAUUGCAACAGUGAAGCACAAAUGGAACUGCACAGACAGAUGUGAGAUGAGUCUCUGCUGAUCUGAGUCUGCCCUGCAGCCUGAAUUUGCAUCUUCCCUGAAGCCUCCCCAGGGCUGCUGAGAGGACUGGCCGUGGUAGGGACCCUACAAGGAUAUGUUUAUGGAUGAGCUGAAGGAGAAAGUGAGACCCCAUGGGAAGGCACUGAGAGGAAAGGAAGAGUCCUCCAUUGCCUUCACCUGGAAGGGACCGACUCAGGAAGGCACCACCACGUCCAUUUGCAGCUACAUACUGGCCCUCAAUGAGAUGAGGACAGGUCCGGCAGACAGUGAAAGGAGAUCAGGGGAGAUCCCAUGUUUGUCUGAAAUAUCAGCAGAAAACCUGGUGCCUGUCUCAGCCCAAGCCCUGGGAAAACAAGAGCCAGGCUUGUGGUAGGGCAGGGGACAGUUCAUUACCCAUGGAGAUGUCGAUGGGAAAAUCCUGUAAGCAGGAGAACACGGUUUCCGUGUGCUCACGCCCUGUGUGUUCUGUGGACACCAUGGUCUCUUCCAUCUGCACGGCCAGGGCCUGUAGGAGGAGACGCCAUGAUUCACACCCAUGGCCAUGGCCCACUUCACUGAGAUCUGACGAGGGGAAUGGGAGAUUUUAGCAUGAGAGGGACCCUGCCCUGCUGGCAGCUCAGCCUGGACUGCACAGACAGAUGUGAGAUGCGUCUCUGCUGAUCUGAGCCUGCCUGCAGCAUGGACCUGCAUCUUCGCUGAAGCAUUUCCAGGGCUGAAGAGACAACUGCCAAACACCGAGGGCUCAUCCAUCCGCAGAGCAGGGCAGUGGGAGGAGACGCGAUGACCCCCAUUCUUAUGGUCCUGAUCUAUGUUGGGCUGAGUCUGGGCCCUAGGACCCACGUGCAGGCAGGGACCCUCCCCAAGCCCACCCUUCGGGCUGAGCCGGGCUCUGUGAUCACCCAGGGGAGUCCCGUGACCCUCAGGUGUCACGUGAACCUGGAGACCCAGGAGUAUCAACUAUAUAAAGAAAAAACAUCAGCAUCCUGGCUUAUAUGGAUCCUACAAGAGCGUAGGAAGAAGGGCCAGUUCCCCAUCCCUUCCAUCACCUGGCAACACGCAGGGCGGUAUCAAUGUCGGUAUUACAGCCACAUUGACUGGUCAGAGUUCAGUGACCCCCUGGAGCUGGUGGUGACAGGAGCCUACAGCAAACCCACCCUCUCAGCCCUGCCCAGCCCUGUGGUGACCCCAGGAGGAAGUGUGACCCUCCAGUGUGGCUCACAGGUGGCAUUUGAUAGGUUUGCUCUGCACAAUGAAGGAGAAGAUGAACACCCACAACGCCUGAACUCCCAGCCCCAUGCCCGUUGGUCAUCCCGGGCCGUCUUCUCUGUGGGCCCCGUGAGCCCGAGUCGCAGGUGGAUGUACAGGUGCUAUGGUUAUGGCUCGAGCUCUCCCUAUGUGUGGUCUUUACCCAGUAAUCUCCUGGAGCUCCGGGUCCCAGGUGUUUCUGAGAAGCCAUCACUCUCAGUGCAGCCGGGUCCUGUCGUGGAACCUGGGGAGAGCCUGAGCCUCCAGUGUGGCUCUGAUGUCGGCUAUGACAGGUUCGCUCUGUACAAGGAUUGGGGACCUGACCUCCUCCAGCGCCCUGGCCGGCAGCUCCAGGCUGGGCUCUCCCAGGCCAACUUCACCCUGAGCCCUGUGAGCCACUCCCACGGGGGCCAGUACAGAUGCUCCGGUGCCCACAACCUCUCCUCCGAGUGGUCGGCCCCCAGUGACCCCCUGGACAUCCUGAUCGCAGGACAGAUCGCUGACACACCCUCCCUCUCAGUGCAGCCGGGCCCCACGGUGGCCUCAGGAGAGAACAUGACCCUGCUGUGUCAGUCUCAGAUUCCAAUGGACACUUUCCUUCUGACCAAGGAGGGAGUAGCCCAUCUCCCCCAGCGUCUGAGAUCAAAGUACCAAGCUCUUAAGUACCAGGCUGAAUUCCCCAUGAGUCCUGUGACCUCAGCCCAUGCGGGGACUUACAGGUGCUAUGGCUCAUACAACUCUGACCCCUACCUGCUGUCUCACCCCAGUGAGCCCCUGGAGCUCGUGGUCUCAGGACCCUCCAGGGGACCCAGCCCCCCACCCACUGAUCCCACCCCUACAUCUGGUCUGGGAAAGCACCUGGGGAUUGUGACCGGGGUCUCAGUGGCCUUCGUCCUGCUGCUCUUCCUCCUCUUCCUCCUCUUCCUCGUCCUCCGACAUCAGCGUCAGGGCAAACACUGGACAUCUGCCCAGAGAGAGGCUGAUUUCCAACAUCCUGCAGGGGCUGUGGGGCCAGAACCCACAGGCAGAGGCCUGCAGAGGAGGUCCAACCCGGCUGCCAACACCCAAGAAGAAACCCUCUAUGCUGCUGUGAAGGACACAGAGCCUGAGGACGGGGUGGAGCUGGACACUCAGAGCCCGUAUGAUGAAGACCCCCAGGCAGAGACCUAUGCUGAGGUGAAACACUCCAGACCUAAGAGAGAAAUGGCCUCCCCUACUUCCCCACUGUCCAGGAAAUUCUUGGACACAAAGUACAAACAGGCAGAAGAGGACAGGCAGAAAGACAGUCAGGCUGCUGCAUCUGAAGCCCCCCAGGAUGUGACCUAUGCUCAGCUGGACACCUUAACCCUCAGACGGAAGGCAACUGAGCCCCCUUCAUUCCAGGAAGGGGCCCCUCCAGCUGAGCCCAGUGUCUACGCCACUCUGGCCAUCCACUAGCCUGGGGGGGACCCAGACCCCACACUCAACAGGAGGAGACUCAGGGACUCCAGAAGGCACGUAAGCUGCCCCCAGUGGACACCAAUGAACCCCAGCCAGCCAGGACCCCUAGCACAGACCACCAGGACAUUCUGGAGACAUUGGGACUCACUUGAUUUUUGCAGUCUAAAUAACUAAUAUCCCUACCUUUUUUAGUUAAAGCAACAGACUCCUCAAUAAUUAAUGAGUUAAUUGAGAAAACUAAAACAGAAGUAAGAAUGUGCUUGAAACUGAAUCACAAUAUAAAUAUUACACACCACACAAUGAAAUUGGAAGACGAAAAACCACAACUGAAUAAAGUAGAAAAGAAAAAAAAACCUAGGAAAUGAA